AUGACCACUCUGUCUGGUCUUCGGAUCGGACAGGAAUUUUUGAACAAACAAGUUGCCCCAAGUCCCUUGGCUGUUCAGCCAUCGGGCUUGGAUUCGGUGCUCGUUCAGACAUGGCCCUACCAUUUGGGAUGUGGCCGGCCUGAUCAGCGCUGUCUCGGUCUUCUUUUCACUACUGUUGCCACCCAAGUUGGUGGUCCUUAG